ACACACGCAGAGUCCACAGAGCUUGAAAGAGUGAGAACAAACCAAUGAGAACCAUACACGUACAAUACAGAACCGUUCGGACAGACCGUAAGUUAAAAAGAUCCGAUGCCGCCUGAACAUAACCGAAACUAUAGUUCAACUAGAUUCCCUUUCUUGUCCUAAACUCACCACUAACACAAACUUAAAUGAUUAUCAUCUCAAUCUAGAGCUCGGAUUCAACAAUUAACAUGGUGUUUUCGACUCGAAUUCUAGCCGUUUCCUAUCCUCUAUCGCCACUUUUGAUUUCCAGGACUUACAAAUUUCAUAGAGUCAAGCUUAGGUCCAGCUUCAAAUGUUCGUCUAUGGCUUCUGCUUCUGAUUCCGAUGCUUCGUCGAUUGCGGCUUCGGUUGAUUCUGAUUCAGCUGAUCAAAACGCUUCUGCUUUUUGCAUCAUUGAAGGACCUGAAACAGUUCAGGAUUUUGCCAAAAUGGAAGUGCAAGAAAUUCAAGAUAAUAUCAGGAGUCGUCGAAACAAGAUAUUCUUGCAUAUGGAAGAGGUUCGGCGGCUGCGGAUACAGCAGAGAAUAAAAAAUGCAGAACUUGGAAUUUUUAAUGAAGAGCCAGAAAUUGAACUUCCAAAUUUUCCAUCAUUUAUUCCGUUUUUGCCUCCUCUUACCUCAGCAAACCUGAAACAAUACUACGCCACUUGUUUCUCUCUUAUUGCUGGAAUUAUCCUCUUUGGUGGUCUCCUUGCACCAUCUUUGGAGCUAAAGUUGGGACUCGGGGGCACAUCAUAUGAGGAUUUCAUCCAAAGCAUGCAUCUUCCUAUGCAGUUGAGUGAAGUUGAUCCUAUUGUGGCAUCGUUUUCUGGAGGAGCAGUUGGGGUGAUCUCAGCCUUGAUGGUAGUCGAAAUUAACAAUGUAAAACAACAGGAGCAGAAGAGAUGCAAGUAUUGUCUAGGAACAGGAUAUCUUGCUUGUGCUCGUUGCUCAAGUACUGGAGCUCUUGUUCUGAUUGAACCAGUAGCAAUGGUGAAUGGCGGAGAUGAGCCUCUAUCACCACCUAAAACUGAAAGAUGUUCAAAUUGUUCGGGAGCAGGAAAGGUCAUGUGCCCUACUUGUCUGUGUACAGGGAUGGCUAUGGCAAGUGAACAUGACCCAAGAAUCGACCCUUUCGACUAAUGGACAAACAACUGCUGAGCUCAAAGCUUAGAAUUAUACACUUUUCGGAUUCAUUUAUGAUUUAUACCAACUUUCGAUAUUGUGUAUAUAAUCGACAAGCCUCGAUGAGUAAAGUCUGCUAUUCCUGUAUUGCUAAUCACUGUCUAGUUGCAACUUAAGUUCACUUGAUUAUUUACAAGCUGUCUGCACUCUU